CUUCCCUCACUCCCACUCCUCACACUCACAAAAAAGAUGGAGCCUUCAAAACUUUAUUCCCUCUUUCUCAUUUGCAUGCUCUUCGUCUCCACCGCCUCCCCCAUUCUCGGCUGCGGCUCCUGCGGCGGCAAACCGCCCAAAAAGGUCAAACCCGGUUCCGGUUCAAAGUCCCCCAAAGGCCCUAUCACCCUCCCACCCAUCAUCAAACCGCCCAUCAAACUCCCUCCUGCGGUCCCCAUCCCCUCCGUCCCCAUCCCGGCGGUCCCCAUCCCAUCGGUCCCCAUUCCACCGUCGGUUCCGAUCCCUUCGGUCCCAAUCCCUUCGGUUCCCAUCCCUGGGGUUCCCAUCCCGCCAGUGACGGUGCCUCCGGUGAUCGGGAACCCGUCACCGGGGACUACAAAACCCUGCCCACCGUCGGGGAAAGAGACCUGCCCGAUUGACACGCUGAAAUUGGGUGGAUGUGUGGAUUUGUUGGGUGGGUUGGUGCACAUUGGGGUAGGGGACCCUGCGGCGAAUGCUUGCUGCCCUAUAAUUUCAGGGCUGGCUGAGCUGGAAGCCGCUGUUUGUCUUUGUACUACUCUUAAGAUUAAGGCUCUUAAUCUUAAUAUUUAUGUUCCUAUUGCCCUUCAACUCCUUAUCACUUGUGGCAAAACCCCUCCUCCUGGCUACACUUGCUCCCUUUAGGCAACCAAUAAACAACAACAAAAAAAGGGUUGAUUGAUGGUAUCGAAAUGGAGUCGACAUGAGAGGAUGUCGAGUCAAAUCUUUGUCUCUCUCUCUCUUUUUUUUUUUUUUUUUUCAAUUUAUUUUAUUUUUCUUGUACGGAAUUGCUGAUGUUGGUAAACCAUUUAUUUUUAAAUUGUGAUAAUUAUUGUUGUUAUGUUGUGUUAUGGAUUAGGCAAGUAAAGAAAAAUCUCAGUUGCCUUUGUGUUUCCCUAUU